AUGACUUCUGUUUCGAUUAAAGAAUGGCCUAAAUCGGCUUACCCAAAAGCCCUUCUUUCUAUUGUUGCUUCAGUUGGUGGUCUUGCCGUAUUCUUACUUCUUGCUUCCACCUUUUUGCUCUCGCAACCCAUUGGUUCUACUGUUCGUGGGUACUUCUAUGGUGUUGAGAGCUUGAGCAAAAUUGAUUCAGGGUCUGCCACCAUUCAUCCAAGUCCCGAUUCCAGCUACAAUGUCAAUCAGAUUGAAGACGUACAGAAAUCAAAUUUAACUUUUCCGGAAGGGAAUGGAAUUGAAGUUAAUUCUCAACAUGGUGGUACUAAAUCUUCUGAAUUUGGUGAAGAUAAUCGGACUCCAGUAUCGCAAGAGAAGACUGAAAUUUCAGGUUCAGGACAAGUAGUAUCCGAGAAUUCAAAGGAAAAGAUCCAAGAGUCAAAGGUACCUCUUGAAGAGGAUGGCAACAGGAUUCCAUCUCCAAAUGAUGCUGGUUUUAGUAAAAAUGCAUCGUCCUCCUCCACUAAUGUGCCAAAUGAAAUAACGGAGGUUGUGGAGUCUUCUGAUUCUACCACCGAGCAGAGUCAAGCUAAAUUUGUUGAUUCAGAUUGUGAUCUUUCGCAUGGAAAAUGGAUUCAUGACCCGAAGGGGCCUCUGUACACAAAUAACUCAUGUCCUGUGAUCACUCAGAUGCAGAACUGCCAAGGGAAUGGAAGGCCAGACAAAGAUUAUGAGAACUGGAGAUGGAAACCAUCCCAAUGUGAAAUCCCAAGAUUUGAUCCAAAGAAGUUCUUGGAGUUAAUGAGAGGAAAAACUUUAGCUUUUAUUGGUGAUUCAGUUGCCCGGAAUCAGAUGGAAUCAAUGUUGUGUAUCCUGUGGCAGGUCGAGGCCCCCAAGAACCGAGGCAACAAGCGAAUGCAACGUUACUACUUCAGGUCCACAUCCACAAUGAUUGUCCGCAUAUGGUCCUCCUGGCUCGUCCACCAGACAUCUGACCCGCUAGACUUUGCACCAGCUGGUGUGGUCAAACUUCACCUGGACGGCCCAGACGAGGUCUUCAUGGACUACAUCACAGACUUCGACGUGAUCGUCCUUUCCUCAGGCCACUGGUUUGCCAAGCAGUCGGUCUACGUUUUGAACAAUGAGAUUGUUGGGGGCCAGCUAUGGUGGCCCGAUAACUCUCGAAAGAAGAAAAUCGACAACAUUGGGGCUUUCGGGGUGUCGGUCGAGUCCAUUCUCACCGCGUUGGCCACGCAUCCCAACUACACAGGCCUCACCAUUGUCCGGAGCUUCUCGCCUGACCAUUACGAAGGCGGAGCCUGGAAUACAGGCGGGUCUUGCACGGGGAAAGUACAGCCAGCCGAGGAAGGCAAACUGGUCGAGAAUGGGUUUACCAACAUAAUGCAUGAGAAGCAGGUGACGGGCUUCAAUCGCGCGUUGAAGAAGAAGGCGAACAAAUCCAGAAUGACACUGCUGGAUAUCACGGAAGCCUUCUCGUAUCGGCAUGAUGGGCAUCCGGGCCCAUACCGAAGCCCAGACCCGAAUAAGGUUACUAAGAGGGGACUGGACGGGAGGCCGCCGCCUCAGGAUUGCCUGCACUGGUGCAUGCCUGGCCCGGUGGAUACGUGGAACGAGCUGGUUUUCGAAAUUAUAAGACGAGAGUUUGGCAAGAGAUCAGAUAGUUUGGCUUGA